AUAACAGAAUUUAGCAACAAUAAUAAUUAAAAAUAAUUAGUGCAUUCCAAAAUUAGCUUGCAGUGUUUGAAUUGGUUUGUUUCUCAGCUGAGCAACAACCAACAAUCAACCUGCUGUACCAAAAUAGGUGUGGCGCCACACUGCCAAAGAAGCUGUCAAAUAGGUUUAGAAAAUUUUACAAUUUUACAAUAAUAAACUGAAUAAUAAUGGUAGUCAAAGUUUACAUUAGCGGCAUUUCCGGCAAUAAAGAGGUGAAGAAAAGACAGCAAAGGGUCCUUCUGAUUUUAGAUUCAAAAAAUAUCAAUUAUGAAGUCAUAGACAUUGCUGAACCCGAAAAUGAGGAGAAAAAGGAUUUCAUGCAGAACAAUUCCACGUCUUCAGGAGCCACAAUCAGUGACCCUAAUCCAAGGCAUCCUCUACCUCCACAAAUAUUCAACGACGAUGUCUAUUGUGGGGACUAUGAUCAAUUCGAUAUGGCGAACGAAAUCGACGAAAUGGAAAAAUUUUUGAAAUUAGCUCCUAGCGAUUCUGAGCCAUCUGUAACGUCAAACGCCGAACUAAAACUGGGCAAUGGUGAAAUUCACAACGCCCCUCAAGAAUCCAAUGAAACCAAAGAAACAGAAGAAUCAAAAGACGAAACUGUGCCUGACAAUAAUGAAUCUGGCGAUGCCAAAGUCGAAAAUGGCGAAGAAACUGAAGAGAAACAUGUCGAAGAAAAUGAAGAAGAGGCUGAUGAAUAGUUAAAAAAAAACACCAAGAUCGUAUUUAAUUGGCGAAUAUUUAUUUGUCUUAAAUGACUUUUUUUAAGUAUUAUAUUUACGCUAUUAUUCAUGAGGUUAAGGUCCUAAUAUAGCUCACGGCGAACAAAUUGCCUAUUAUUGUUACACUUUUACAUUUUUAAUUUGAACCGAUCUGAAUUUUGUAAAUAUAUUACUUCAUUGUUCUAUUUAAGUUGCCCAAUAUAUCUAUAAACUUUUAA